AUGCGGGUCGCGCUCACCACCUUCACGCCAAAGAGCCAAGGCUUCGUCGCGGUGUUCGUCGGCGGCACGUCGGGCAUCGGCGAGGCUGCCGUCAAGAGCUUCGCAAGAUGGGCUACCGGCACCACUGCCUACAUCGUCGGCAGGAACGCCGCGUCGGCAGCGACGACUCUCGCGACGUGCCGAGAGCUCUCGCCGUCCUCGACUUUUGAGUUUAUCCAGCAGGACAUUGUCCUUCUCAGGGACGUCGAUAGGGUAUGUUCUCACAUAGGACAGACGGAGUCCAAGGUGAACCUGCUAUACAUGACGCCAGACAUUCCGACCAUGUCGGGCAGAGUAGAAACCGCAGAGGGCAUAGACGAACUCAUGUCGCUGCGCUACUACGGUCGCAUGCGCUUCAUCCGUAACCUCCUUCCGCUCCUCGAGCAGGCUACCUGCCCUCGCGUCGCAUCCGUGCUCGGUCCAAAGAGGUUCGAGCACAGCCUCAAUCUCAACGACCUGGGUCUCCGCGAAAAGUACGGCAACGUCGCCUGCUUAUCCCAUUGCUCCUACAUGAACACUUUUUGCAUGGAAGAGUACGCCGAGCGACAGCCGACGGAAAGCUUCGUCCACGUCUACCCGGGCUUGGUCCUGACGACCAACGUCACGACGGGCCCUCUUCCCUGGGUCGUGCGCAAGCUCAUCCGAUGGGUCAUUUAUCCUAUUCUAUCACUCUUCGCUCAGUCUUACGACGAAGCUGGCGACCGGAUGAUGUUUAUUUCGUUGUCAGGGAGCCUGCCUUCCAAGAGGAAUAAUAGACACGGUGAUAGGGCCGCGCUAGGCUGCACCGACAACUCCCAAGUACUGGUUGGAUCUGAUGGCGCUAUUGGCAGUGGGAGCUAUUGCGUCGACCGGAAAGCUAGCAGAAUGGACAACAGUGCGAAGCUGAACAAGCUCCAGCUAGCCGAUGCUAGAGCAAGAGUAUGGGAACAUACUAUGGGAACUUUUGCCUCCGUCCUUGGCUCUACGACAUGA